UAUCCCCUCCUCUCUACCUCGCUCACCCACUUCCAUCUUCUUCUUCCCUUUUUCCCCAUCUCAAUUACCCCCCACCUUUCACCGAUCGAUUUCUAGAUUACUCCGAUUCCUGUCCUUUCAAUCCCAAUUCCCCUUCCACGUUUCUGAGUUUCAUAGUUCGUUGUGAAUGGUAGAAACCCUGAGUACCCCCGAUUUCAUGCUCUCCCUUCUCCCAUCGAGGGCGAGCGCUCUUCUCCCUGCCUCUGCUUUCGCUUUUGGCUCUUGCAAGGAAGGCUGGUAUUACCGCUGCCUCGGCGUCGACCCCUGAACUCCCAAUUCGGACCCAACCCCGUUCCCUUUUGUUUUUUCUCAAUCCUGCGCCUGAUUCAUCGUCGCUCUCAACCUCUUCUGAUUCCCGUUCGGUUCAAUUCUUAGAUCCUUUGUUUCUUUGGGAUUUUGGGUCCCGGCAUUUCGUGAUUUGAGAUUUUAAUUCGUGACUGUGACACAAUGUUGCUUUCCAAGCCCAAGAAGAGCCAGAACGCUAACGGCAAGAGGCUCUUGAUCAGCAUCAAUGUGCUCGGUAGUGCCGGCCCGAUCCGCUUCGUCGUUUAUGAGGAGGAGCUCGUCGCUGCGGUCAUGGACAACGUCCUCAAAUUGUACGCUCGUGAGGGUCGGCUCCCGGUUCUGGGGUCUGAUAUCAGCGAUUUCUUGCUUUAUUCCCCUCAGGUUGGAUCAGAUGCUCUGAGUCCAUGGGACACAAUUGGAUCAUUUGGAGCUCGAAACUUCAUGCUCUGCAAGAAGCCUCAGCCUGUGAAGGAGGCAGAACAAGCAACUGUGGCUGCCGCACUUGCGCGCAAGGGUGGCAGUGGCAGCUGGAAGAAUUGGUUCAACAAGUCCCUCAGCCUGAAAGUUUCUUCCCAUUGAUCGUGGUUUUGAGCUUUCCGGUGAUCCCACCUUGUGUUGUUUUCUUUAUUGGGUCAGUUAUCUUGUGUUACUGUUCACUUCCGUUCUCAUUGGCCAGAGGCGCGCGAACUCUGAACUCUGAAUAAUUCUGGUUUAGGUAUUCAUUGUGUCCUCGGCCUUUGAUAUAAUAAAGUUGAAUUGGUUUUUGGUGUUUGCACGCCUUAGCUAACAUUUGUUUUUUUGAGUCCUUGAUUAGUUAUGUUAGAAAUUAUGAUCAAUUCCGGCUUGUUCUAGCCUGCGAAAUCUUGCAGGAUUUUAUUUUGUUCUCAUGUCAGGGAUUCUUUUUUUUUUUUUAAUGAAUAAUGCUGGAAUACUGGUUGAUGUUUAUUGUUCA